AUGCCGGCUGAUUCUGACAUACGUUUUGAGAAGUUGAAAGUUGUUGUUAUUGCCAAUUGUAGACUCACGGGUUCAUUGCCGCAGUGGUUGAGUGGGUGCACCAAAUUGCAGUUGUUGGAUUUAUCAUGGAACCAUUUUGGUGGAAUGAUUCCGGGAUGGUUUGGAAAAUUUGAGGAUCUCUUUUACUUGGACAUAUCAAACAAUUCUUUUACUGGGGAGAUUCCAAGAAACUUAACUGUGUUGCCUAGCCUCAUUAUCAGGAAUUUCUCGUUUCAGGGGCCUUCCUUGGAUAUCCCUUUUUUCAUGAGAAGGAAUAUUGACAGUGGGGCAUUGCUGUAUAAUCAGCUUGAUAGAUUUCCACCAACUCUGGAUCUCAGUUGUAACUCUCUUACUGGACCAAUCUGGAGAGAAUUUGGAAAACUAAAAAAACUGCAUGUUUUGAAUUUGAGGAGGAAUAAAUUAUCCGGAAUGAUACCUAGUGAAUUGUCUGGGAUGACGAGCUUGGAGAGACUGGAUUUAGCUCUUAACAAUCUUUCAGGUAAUAUUCCUUAUUCCUUGGAGAAACUCACUUUUCUGUCAAAAUUUGAUGUUGCCUACAAUCAACUCGACGGAAAGAUCCCCAUAGGAGGUCAGUUUUCAACAUUCCCAGAUUCGAGCUUUGAGGGAAACAAUCUUUGUGGUGACCAUGGUGCCCCUCUAUGUCCAGAGAAUAUCAGGACAGAGAAGACCUGGAUGGAGAAAAAGCAUAGAAAAACCAAUACAUUUAUUUUUGGAAUAGCUGUUGGGUUAGUAUUUGGGAUAGUAUUUGUGUUUGCACUUCUCGGUGGUAGGUAUUUAAUUAGUUAG